GGCUGAAGUAGACUGCAGACAGAUGUUUCAAUCUGGACAGCUUGCUGUGGCGAUGGGCCGAGUGAAGUCACCUGAUGGUCUGCGGGUGGUCAACUUUACUAAAGAUGCUGUUAUCCCACAACCUUCACUGGUGUUGGACUUCUUGAACAGCCAAUGGAUACCAGGAGAGGUUGAUAGAUCCUGCUGCCAUAUAAUAUUUAACAGAAAUGUGAAUGAAGUAGAACUUGAUGGUACAAUAUUGUCAGCGCAGCCAUUAGACUCUGAUAUUGAUUUUGAUGAUGACACCACUGAGCUAUUGGCAGGUCUUGAAAUUGAAAGUUUAAUUUCGGAAUCACAAAAUACUGUACAACAACCAAAUUUGUGUCUUCCAGAGGAUGUCAAAAUUGAGGAAAAACUGAUAUCAUUGAAGUUUCAAGACCCUUUGAGAGAAAAUCAGACUGUUUACAAUGAUUUCAUUCAAUAUUUACUUGAUAACAAUAAAACAACUUCAAGAGUUUUGUGCAACACAGUACUUUCAUCUUUUGGAAACGUUCAAUGAAACUGAGACAGUAAAACACAAAAGUCACAGACUGCAUUUUUCAAAGCCUUUCAGUCACAUCUAACAUCUGGUGUAUAUAAAUCUUUUAUAACGAAUUUAAUGCCAGAGUAUGUUCAUGUUGAUGUCAUUUUUCAGUAAGGUUAUGAUAUAAUGUCUUUUUAAGAAAAAGAAAUAACAAAUAAAGCAGCUGAAAACCUACCAGAGCAAGAUUUCUCUCAAACAUGUUCAAAAAGACAGUUUGACAAUGAC